AACCUCACUUCCUCACUCAUAUUCUGCACCGGGAAAGUUCACACAAUGCCGCGUCGAACCGUCAAUUCAGGACUUUUUAAUUAAUUAAAAAUCUGUGAGUGGCACAAAUUUAUUCAUUUUGUGGAACUAAUUCCUUCCUGAAGAUUCUGCACCCGUAUCAGGACCUGAAAAGACUCUACAAAUGUAUUCCACAGUUUGUCGACAGCUAGAUGCCCAUGAGGACAGUAUAUGGGCCUGUGCAUGGGGCAAAGCAUUGGAUCAUCCCACAAGCAGUACAGAAGAGAAUGGCACAUUAUCACCAUCAAACACGACCAAAUCAAGUUAUAUAAUUACAGGAUCAAUAGAUGAUAAGGUCAAAGUCUGGGAAUAUGACAAAGAUACCUUAAAACUGGCGCAUACAUUGAAAGGACAUUCUCUGGGAAUAAUGUCCGUAGCUGUUAAUUCAAAAGGAAAUGUUUGCGCAUCAAGUUCUUUAGAUUCCACAAUAAAGCUAUGGGAUUUAGAAACAGGCGCUAACAUAGGAAGCAUGUCAUCUGGGCCCGUUGAUGUUUGGACGAUAGCAUUCUCUCCAGACGAUAAACUCAUCAUUUCAGGGUCUAAUGCUGGGAAAAUAAAUAUUUUUGGCGUUGAAUCGUUAAAAAAAGAACAAACACUAGACACUAGAGGAAAAUUUACUCUUAGCAUUGCCUAUAGUCCUGAUGGAAAGUACAUUGCUUCUGGAGCAAUAGAUGGGUUCAUCAACAUUUUUGAUACAGCAUCAGGGAAAUUAGUGCACACUCUUGAAGGUCACGCUAUGCCAAUUAGAUCUCUAUGUUUCUCUCCUGAUUCUAAGUACCUCCUAACAGGCUCUGAUGAUGCUCAUAUGAAAUUAUAUGCUGUCCAUCAUGCUCAAGUAGUUAGCACUCUCUCAGGUCAUGGAUCGUGGGUUCUAAGCGUGGCCUUCUCACCAAAUCAAGAACAUUUUGUUUCUGGAAGUUCGGAUCACACAGUCAAAUUGUGGUCAUUGAACAAAAAAGAAAGUAUCCAAACAUAUUCCGAACACACAGACGAGGUUUGGGGUGUCAAAUAUAGUCCUGAUGGUACAAGAAUCCUUUCAGUUUCAGAAGAUAAAAGUAUUCAUAUCUACAACUGUCCUUAUUGAUGACUUUUCAACUUCUCUCAAAUUACUGUACAGAACCCCUUGUAUAAUUACGAAGACAUCCGUUUCACGGUAUCGACCCUUUAUUUUUAUUUUAAGAGCCUCCUUAAUGUUUUAUUUUAUAAUAUUUGUGGAAUAAACCCACUCUGUUUUGUA